AUGAGAUGCACUCAUCGAAGAACUCGAAUGUUGGGCGAAUACUGCUCAGUAAGAGACAAUUGUGUGGGUAGUUAUGGGACCAUCACUGAUGGUAUGAAUUGUGUGGCCCAUCGAUGUGUCAGCAUGACUGUUGUGGCCAACAUCAAGCAAGAAGGAAAACCAUGUCGUGGAAAAGCCCUUGAUAUCGAUCAGAAUAUCAUGUACGAUUGUGCCGGCCCAGACUAUGAAUGUGUCACUGAGGUUUGCCUCAAGAUUGUUCAAAACAGAGAGGGAGGUGCUUGUAACCAAGUCGACGACAACAAUGUGAAACAAAUAUGUGCCGUUGGGUUUGGCUGUUACGAUGGCGUUUGUAAGGCUCAAACGAUACUCAAUAAUGGUCAAAAUUGUACCGCAGUACCAGAAACAACCAUCUGUGCCAAUGGUUUGGUGUGUAAGAAAGAGUCUCCCACAUCCACCUACAAAUCAUGUCAAAUUCCUUCCUUGUAUGGAGAGUAUUGUGAGUCAUCCUCAGAGUGCUACAAAUUACCAGUACUUCAAAUGAGAUGCAGCAAGAACAAGUGCAUUCGAAGAUAUUCUCAAUUCGAUGGAGCAGACUGUGAGAGUCAUCAAGAUUGCUACUCGGGUUAUUGUCAACCCUCCAUUCGAAAAUGUUCAAGUCCAACGACCUUGACUUGUACGACCACUACUCCAUGUCCAUCAGGAACUGAUUUCAAAUGUGGUUGUGGUGGAUUUUCGAGUGCUUCUCCAUUCAAUGGAACUUGUGUGGCACCAUGCAAUGGAUAUCAACAAGACUUUUUAUCAUGUGCCUAUAACAAUGGUUUAGAUGAAUUGGGAUCUAGUUAUGCCGUAUCGCAUCAUUUUCAUCCCAUUGACACCAAUUCGACCAUUUUCACCAAAUUAUGUCAUCGUGAAUAUAGAAAUUUAUUGAAAUGCUAUAUGAAGGCUUGGAAAGAUGCCAAUGUCUAUGAUGGAGAGAAUAGUCUUCCAGGUUUUGACUUGAGUGGACCUUUGGAACAACCAACCUCUGUAGUGUUACCUGUGGUGGGAAGAAACAUUUCCUCUCCAUCACCACAGACAAGUGCUCAGAUUAGUCAUGCAACCUCCAUGACCAAAGGAGGAGUUCUUUUUUUGGUUAAUUUAUUGGUGGCUGUAAAUGUUUUGGUCAUUUCACUGUGGUUUUUGUUGUAA